CAUUUCUGCUCCAAUACCUUAAUAAAUUUGAAUUAUUGUAACGCAAUUAGAGGUCAACUUUGGAAUUGAUUAAUUAUAAUGACUGAGAAGAAGAUGAGAAAUGAUUUUUACAGGUAUUAAUAAAAGACGAACGUUCCAUUGCUGUACUAAUUAAUAAUCGUAAGAACCAACGGCAUUCGUAAAUUCAUUGGCAAAGAAUUAACGGAGUAACCAUGGUUGAGUGACAUCGAUGUACGUGAAAUUUCACACAACAUUCGCAGCGAUCUCACGACCUAAUAGGUAGCACUGAUGGCACUUACAGCGAUAUUGCAAGUCGUGAACAUAGCUGGGUAUCGAAGAGCAGUAUGGGUUGGCGGUUUCGAAUUUGAAAGCCAAACACGCGCAACCGUCAACGUUAUCCAGCGGCAUUAGUGAGAAUAGUGAGUUGGGAUCGGAAAAGUAUGAUUUGUGACUGAAAGAUUAUAGGGAGUAUACAAAAUUUGGAUAAAGUUCGGAAUUUCGUAACGCCGCGGCGUGAUUUUUUUUCCGAAAAAUGUCGGAUAGCAUAAAGGUUGCUAUCAAAUUGAGACCGCUCAUAAAACGCGAAAGAGACGAUAAUUUGCCCGUGCAAUGGGACGUUCGGGAUCAAACCAUAUUCUCCAUCGAUCCAGAAACAAAACGACGCGGGGAGCAUUCCCACAUUUUUGAUCACAUAUUUGGCAUGGAUGCAAAUAAUGCCCAUGUAUUUGAUGUUGCCGUCAAACCUAUAGUUGAUGCCACUGUCAAAGGAUUUAAUGGUACGAUUUUUGCCUACGGGCAAACAAGUUCCGGAAAAACGUAUACCAUGACGGGUACGCGAGAAGAGCCAGGAAUCAUACCAUUGGCAGUUGAAAAUAUAUUCGAUGCCAUUGCCAAUACUUCAACACGAGAAUUUUUGUUACGAGUAUCAUACUUGGAAAUAUACAACGAGAAAGUAAAUGAUCUAUUGCACAAAGAUGGAACGGAUUUGAAGAUUCAUGAAGAUUCGAAUGGUCAAGUUAUUGUCAAGUGUAAAGAGGAGGUAACCAACUGUCCUGAACAUGUGUUGUCCAUAAUGAAAAAGGGUGAGAAGAAUCGAAGGUUCGGAGAAACAAAUAUGAACGAUAGAAGCAGUCGUAGUCACACAAUAUUUAGGAUUACCAUUGAGAGCCGAGACACAGCUUCCAGUUCUGAUGGUGCUAUUCAGGUUUCACAAUUAAAUCUAGUUGACUUGGCAGGCUCAGAAAGGGUCCGUCAAACAGGGGCAACUGGUGAUAGAUUCAAAGAAGGACGCCAUAUUAAUUUGUCUUUGUCAUCGUUGAGCUUAGUAAUCAAGCAGCUAAGUGAAUCUAAGGAAUAUGUCAACUUCCGCGACAGUAAACUGACCAGGAUUUUACAAGCAUCUUUAGGAGGUAAUGCAAUGACGACUAUUAUUUGUGCUGCUACGCCGGCAGCUCUUGAAGAAACGCAAUGCACAUUGUCGUUUGCAGCUCGAGCAAAGUGUAUUAAAAACAAGCCUAAACUGAAUGAAGUAGUGUCUGAUGCGGCGUUGUUGAAACGGUUCGCUAAAUUGAUAGAAAAACUUUCUUCAGAACUUGCACAAGAACGACAAGCAAAUAGAUGCGGAGAAGUUAAGGAAAUGGAGUCUAAGCUGCAAGAAAAAGACCAGUACAUUCAACUUAUAGAAGAUCGAAUGCAACUAUUGAAAACAAAUAUCGUAUCAUCCGCUAACUCAGUAGAAAAUCUUGACUUCAAAACAAAAUCUCGACGAAGGAGAACUUGGUGUGGACCCUCAAAUCCAAGUUUUCUUAAUCAUAGUAUGAUGUUACCUACUAUACAAGAGUUACCUACUAUAGAGAAUACUAUGUCAGAUUGGAAAGCAGCACAGUUCACCAAAAAGCGGAGCAUAACACAAGCACCGCUGAAUAAUAUAAAUGAAAUAGAAUUCCAAACUGAGAUGGAAGACUUUGAGCUGGAACUAAUCGAGAGUGAACGAAACUGGGAGAUGGGAAGAUUUUCAUCUGACAGUGAAGAUCUAGAGGACAAUUACUGUAUUACAAGACGAAAGCGUGGUAGAUCUCAUGUUAAGUUUCUUGACGAUGUAUCAGUAUACCCAUUAGUUGACUAUGAAAGUGUCACUGGCUCUCCGGAGAAGCCUGAACUUUCAACUCCUCCUCGAAGACAAGAAGAAGAAGAAGACCCUGGUACACCAAAGGAAGUACUGAGAGAUACAAUAACCAAUCUAGCUAAUGAAUAUAAAACACUACAAGAAUUCACGACGUUAGAAAAACAAAUUUACACCACAGACACAGUUGAAACGAUAGAUCCAGUACAAUAUGAAAUUAAAUACUUGGAACUGGAAUCUAAAUACAAUGCUGCAAUACAAGAGAAUGAGGAAAUAAAAAAACGAUUUGAAUCAUUGUGUAGUAAAGAAGAGAACCACAAAUCGAUAGAAUCAGAGAAAAAUCAAUUCAAAAUGGAUAUGGAGGAAAAACUUGUAAGGCUAAAAAAAUUGGAAGAAGAAAGAACCGACUAUGAAUGUCAAAUAGAGUUACUAAAAUCAAAACACAAAAUGCGUGAGAAAGAGCUAGAAACCUCACUGCAGAUUGCAUGGAUGGAUUGUGCAAAUGUUGCUGAUAAUCAAAAGUCUUCGACUUGUCACUUGCAAUCUUUGGUUGAUAAUUUAAUGAAGGAAGUUAAAGCUCUAAAAGACAAACUAGAAACCGCUGAAAUAUCGUCAGCACCCCAAGUAUUAUCGACAGAGAAUGAACAUAUGAGGAAAAGAAUACAGGAGUAUGAUAUUUUGAUUGAAACGGAGCGAAGAGAAAAAAGGAAAUUAAUCGAAGAGCUAAAAGAACUGAAAAAGUCUUUGGAUAGUCAAUCACUUAUCGAGCACAAUAUAUUGUUAACCAGAAAUGACAAAUCCCUCGAUCCAUGUGAAAAGCCAUCAUCUAUAAAUGAUAAUGAUUUUAAUAUGAGUGAGUCAUUUGAGAAAGUAAUUUGUGAAAACCUUUGCGACUCUGUCCGUAUGGAUGCAGUACAACUGAACUUGAGCGGUACCGAGAAUGAGAAAAUUUUUGCAGAAAUUGCACCAUUAGAAUUGCGCAGAGAAUCUCAAUCCGUUAAUGGGAUACUUGAUGACGUUCAAUCGAAAACUGAAAACAAUUUCGUCGUUGAAACAGAUUUGCUACACGAAAUCCAAAAUGAAAAAGCAUGCGAUGAGAAGUUAAGUCCAAAGAACCUAUGUAUAAAAUCUACGCAAAAUACACCAUCACGGGUGAUUGAUAAUGAAUUCAGUAAUAGCGAAUUUAGUGCAGUAUCUAAAGAGCCUAGUGACUACACCAAAGAUUUGUUCAACCUUUCCCCACAGACAGUAGAGGUGCAAAGUGAUCUCAUAAUUGAUACUGACAAAUUGGAUGUUGACUUACUGAAACUUGAAAUGGAAAAAUUACUCGCAGAAAAAGAAAAUUUCAUAAAAGAAAAUGAUAUGCUCAAAUUACAAACUGAAACCCUUGCUGGGGAAGUAAAAAAAUUGAAAUUAACAAAUAAACAGAUUGAAAAACACUGUGAAGACUUAGAAAACACGAAAAUUGUUCAUAAAACAGAACUCAUUGAGCGAGAUUCAAAGUUACAUAAACUACAAAAUAAAAUUCACAAAUUGGAAGAUGAAAUUAUUAGUGUGCAAAACGAAAGAAUUUUGUAUGAAGGACAAAAAUGUGAAAUGGAAAAAAUUAUCAAUCAGAACAUGGCAAAAAUUCGCGAUUUCGAACUUACAAGCGCAGAAUUUGAAAGAAUGAACUUGGAAUUACGAAAAAAUUUGAACGCAAAAUGCUUGGAACUUGAAUCCAUCGAGAUGCAUAAAUAUGAAAACGAGAUACAAAAUCUGAAAAGCUACAUAGAAAAUUUGGAACAUUUUAUUAAAAACAUUCAAACUGAGAAUGAAGAUCUUAAAAAUCAGCUGCAUAAUCAAUCACAGAAUUUAAAGGACGAUCUUGAUGAUAUGACAAAGAAACUAAUCCAACAGGAAAAGGUAACGGACACUUUGGAGAAGGACACGAAAACGUUUACAGAACAUAUCGGGCAACUUUCAGAAGUGAAAUCUGAGUCAAUUGUAACAACUAAAUUGGACUCUGCUGACAAGUCGAAAAGUAGUAGCGAAAAAUUGUUUGAAGAUACUAAAGAUUGUAGCAGCAUAUUUACUAAUGCUAGUUAUUUCGACGAAAUGGAUGUAUCGCUCAUACAAGACAGUCUUCUACUCAAUGAAAUAACUGGUAAUGAGUCGUAUGUCGAAGAUGAUAAAACAUCGUGUAAUGCAACAAUGUUAGAGAACAGAAUUUUAGAGUUGGAAGAUUCAAACAAAGAUCUCGAAGUUAUAACGACUGAUCUUUCGAGUACGUUGACAGCUGGGGAAGACAAUCUUUCAAACAAUGAUAUUAUAAAUAAAUUAUGUGAAAUAACGAACGCAAAGAUGUUACUUGAGGAUAAAAAUGCAAAACUAGCAAUGGAACUUCAGUUAAAGAUUCAAGAGUCUGAUGAAAUUAAAAAUGAUGUUCAAGGUUUGAGACUGGGCAUUGAAAGAUUGGAAGAAACUAUUCAUUUGCUGACCACAGAGAAUAUGGAUAUGUCCAGUAAACUGACCAUUGAAAAAGAUCGCGCCAAAGAAAUAGAAGCCCAAUAUCUGGAACAAAUUGAAGACCUUCAUCGUCGCAUAUCUAAAAUUGAUGAGGUUAAAAUGAAUUUGCAAAAUCAAUUGAGGAUUUCUCAGGAAAACUUGAUAAAUUUACAAGACACCUCACUACCUAAUAUAGAAGGUGAGGCCAGAGAAAAGAUUAUAAUGUAUCAGGAGAAGAUUGAUUUGUUGACAAUGGAAAAUAUUGAACUAUCCACAAAUCUGAUGGAUAGAAUAGAUGAACUUGACAAACUUAAAGAAGAUCAAUCUCUGUUGCAUAAUGAUAAAUGCUCAGACAUAGAUACUGUUCAAGAAUUAAGGGUACAACUGGAGAAUCUAACUCGAGAAAACACAGAGCUUUCGAAAAACCUGAUGGAAAAGAUUGAAGAAUCAGACAGUUUAAAGCAUGCCUACGAGUUGUUGGAGAAAAACUUGGCGACUCCUGUGAAAGACCUGUUCCCUGAAUUGAAAAAUGAAAAUGAUAUCUGUCUAACAAGUACUGAAGCAGAAUCACAUGCCUGGCCUGCUACUUCACUGCAAAAGAAUGAACAGUUUGAAGCGGCUAGCCAGACGGAACACUGUGAAGAAUCGCAAAGCAAUAUCGAAGAUUUGAAAUUUAGUUUGGCAAAGCUCAGGGAAGAAAAUAUUUCGCUACUUAAUAAAGUAGAAGCUUUACAGCAGGAAUCAAUUGCUCUCAAAUCUGAGUUAUUGACAAAUGGUAAUGGACUAAAGGAAGAAUUGAAAAUAGCAAAACAAUGUAUAACUAAAGAAAUCGGAUUUUUAAAACCUGAACUCAAAAUCUCAACUUUAUUGACCAAAACGGUUGGUGAACUUCUCGGAGAUUUCAUCAAAAUAAUCAUGACGAAAGAACAAGAAAUCAUUACAAAGGUAAAAGAAGAUUUCGAGCAGGAGAAGCAAAAUUUGGAGGACCAAAAAAGCCAAAGUGCAGACGCUGUACGACGGACCACAGUUUGGGCCAACGAAUUAGAAGCAGAUAUUGAAAAAUUACAAACUGAGAUAUCCCAGCAAGAAAAAGUGAACGUGACAUUGAAGUGUGAGAUUGACAGAUUAGAAAAUGACUUGAAAGAAAGUAAUCAUGAAAAGCAAUUACUGAAAGAGAAAAUUGGAGUCUUAGAGAAUGAUUUCAUGAGCUUACAAACAGAACUCAGUAAACAAUCCAAUUCUAAUAACAAGCAAGAUGAAGAGGUAAAUGCUAUACAGGAACGGGAACGGAUAGCAUUAGCAGCUGCGAAAAAUCGUGAAAUAGAACUUCAAAACAGUAUGAAAUCUGUGAAGGAUCAACUGAAUCAAAAAAUAGUGGAGUUAACAUAUGCACUUGAACAACAGAAAACAAAAAAUCUUGAUCUCAAAAGUACUCUAGAAGGACUCCAAGCCACCGAAAGUCAACUGAAAAGUAUCAUUGAUUUAAAAUCUACAGAGCUGAUGAAAUUACAACAAUGCGUAGCAACGUUAGAAAUGGAAAAUGCGCAAAUGAUAGUUGAACAUAAUCAAUUGAAUGAAGAAAAUGAAAACAAGACCAAGCAUAUCGAAGAAAUCACUAGUAUUCUAAAAAUUAAAUGUGAUGAAAUGUCCGAGUACAAAACCAAACUGGAAUCCAUUGUACCUGAAUAUGAAAUAUACAAAGAGCAAAUAAAAGAACGAAAACAGUAUGCUGAAAAAUGUAAGCACGAGUACGAACUUUUCAAAGAGAAAGUCGAAGAAGAAUUAAAUCUUCUUAAUGACAAGCUUUGCGAUGAAAAAAGUAAAAAUGGUAGCUUGCUCAAUCAAUUGAGCGACUUGAACGACAAAAAUAAAUUACUAGCAUCAGAAAUAGAGGAACAGAAGGAGAGGUGCGAAGAAUUGGAAAAUACUAAUGAAAAAUUGAAUAAAAAAGUCCGGAACAGUACAAGUAAUUUGAAGGUCGAGGCUCAGAUAGAAGAUCUAAAGGAUCAAAAUGAGAUGUUACGAAAUAAUGCAGAAGGUGCGAGCAAUAGAAUAACUGAAUUACUGGAAGUUAAAAAUUCAAUAACAAAAGAUUUCGCCGCUUUACAAGAAAAAUAUAAAAUUUUACUAGAAGAGAAAAAGGAACUAGAGCAAGUCGUUGCAUCUAGCAAUACAAAAUUAGCUUCAUCUGACUUACAGUUAUCAGAAAUAUGUAACCAGCUCGAAAGCCAGAUACGUGAAAAAAAUAAAAUUUCCUUAGAAUUGGAAGCUACAAAAGUAAUUAUAUCACAAAAAGAUGAAGAUCUGACAAUUGCUCAACAGGAAAUCGAGAGGCUUAAUCUUGCCAAUAACGAACUUGAUCAAGAGGCAGAGGAACUCGCUCAAGAGAUACAGGAAAGACUUGCUGAAGCUGAGAAGCUUCGUAACGAACUGUUUGAGUCACAAAAUAAUUUGAAAUCAAUAUCUAAUAACGUCACAGAUAAAAUGAAACUAAAAGUAGAAGGUAGAGACAGAAAGUCAUUCCAAGAUAUGGCUGAAGUAGAGGUACUCAUUCAGCAGAAUAAAGAACUCUGCAAAGAGCUUGAAACGCUGAGCGUAACGAAUGAUUUUUUACGGAAAGAGAAUGUAGAACUCAAAGCCAGGGUUGCAGAAUUGGAGUCACAAAGUUGUAAUAACUCCAGAAGUGGGUUACUUGAAGUUGCAAAUUCCUCAUUUAAUGCAUUACCUAUCAGUCAGUUGCCUUCAUUAUCUAAAAAAGUUCGUGAACUGGAACUGGAAAUAGUCUCCAAAAACGGAAAAAUAGCGACUUUAGAGUUGCAAAUACAAAGUGAGAACUUCCCUUACCAGAAAAAAUGUAGAGAUUUAGAGGAAAACCUUUCUGCUUUUAAACAUAAGAACGCGAUUUUGAAGGAGGAAGUGAAGAACCUCCAGAAAACUAUGAGGUCUGUCAGUGCAAUCGAGUGCGAGGCUUGCAGGAAGAGACAAAGUAACAGAAGAGAUCAAUUUACUCAAUGCCUACCUGAACACAAAACUUAUCUCAGUGGCACAAGCAGUGGCUUUGUUGAUGAAUACGCUAAAGUAGUCAAACUCGAGAAAGAGAAUAAGCUAAUGAGAGAUCUGUGUCGAAGUCGGACACGUGAAAUCAAGAGACUCGAGAAAGAAAUAUCUAAACAGGAGUUAAUCAUCUCAGAGAAAUCUAUUGUUCAGGUUUCACUUCAGAAAAAACUAUCUGAAUAUGAGAUGAUACUACCGGAGAAGUUCAGGGUGCAAACUACGUCGCCUAUUGAAGAAAUUAAAAACAAUUCUUCUGACAAGAAUAUACGAUCUCUGACGAAUCGAAACAAGUCUCCACUCGAAGAGAAUGUCAAGCGCGCAUUGAAAGAAAACUUGUCCUCUAAUAUUUUGGACGAUGCAUCAGCAGUAAAAUCCAACCAUAUUAGCAGCAUAUGGACUCACUACCCAUAGAUUAUAUUCUCUUAUUUAUAUUGUUUAUCGGUUGACCAGCAAGCAAAUUGUGAUGAAGAAGUAUCAAUUUUUAUUAUUACAAACGUGAAUGAAAAGUGUUGACUAAAGUAAAUUAAAAACUCAUUAUUUUUGUAAUGUCCUAUACAUAAAAUUAUAUGAUGCAUUUUUAGAUUUAAGUACAAUAGCUUUAAAAAUGAAAUAAUAUUUAUAUCUUUGUUUCAACCAAAGAGACCUUAGUAGUAUCUUCAAUUGUAUAAUAAGGUCUCUAAAAAAAUUAUUUCCUUUAAGUACUGCUUUGUAUUUGUUUGUAUUUCGUGACUUCAUUGCUGUACAAAGUAUACUAUCGGCAAAGACUACGUGAUUUGGCAUUGCGGUAUUUGAAAUACAAGAUUAGUCCAAAAAGGAAUGUGAAGCGAUCAUUAUGUGUCAAUCUCAUCCAAGUAUUAAACAAUCCAAGAAUGUAUUGUACAAAAACUUUACUAGAUUCACUUUUGUCUGUAAGCUUUUAUACUUAUUGUACAUUGACUUCAUGUAUUUGGUGAAAAAUAUAAUAGUACAAAAAAAUUACAUUUUAAUUACACAUACUGGAGUCAUAUUUUGUUAAAAAAAAAUGUAAUAGCACCGAGGAUUACUAAUUUUUUUUUUACACGUUAUAAAGUUAGAUGGAAGUUUAUGACAAUUCAAAAUUUUUUCAAAAUUCAUUCGGUAUUAUUAUUUUUUAGCUUCAAAUAGUCCCGAAUUUGCCUCUAUUUGAAGUCGAUCAAAAUGAAAAUUUAUUUCGUAAGUUGUGAAAACAUCUCUGUUUUAUAAUAAAAAGUCUCCAUAGAAUUUUAUACUUUACGUACCGCCUCAUUACCUUUCUGAAAUCACAAGAAUUGGCAUAAGAAAAUAACUGAGAUUAUAUUAUUAUAAAUUAUAAUGAUGAAAUAAAUUUAUUGAGUUUUCAUUA